AACCCGCCAACCACCAAAUCUACCACCACUAGCCCUCCUCCAAAACCUAACCCCAAUUACUUCUCAAAUUACUAAAUCUAUCACCAUCAUUAAAUCAUUGAAGAAUUUGAGUUUGAAUGCUAAUUUGGUAUUUAUUUUUUUUGGUGUUUGGGUGGUUUGAACAAUUGUAUAAAGUUUUGGAAUUUUUGUUGUUGUUUGGUUUAGGAUUGAGGGUUUUACAGUUUACUUGGUAUUGUAAGGGUUUGAAUCGUCUUCUUUGUGAUUUUUGUGGGAAAUCAAGUGAAUUGAGAAAUGAGUGUUUCUCCAAAAAUGUUUUUGAUGGAAAAUGUAGCGAAAAGAUUAAGUCUUGUAAGACUGGGUUGUUGAUGAAUUUGAACUUAGAAGAGGAAAAAAAUGAUGGUUUAUUGGAAAUGGAUAGUGAAAAGGAGGAGUAUGAAGACGAGUGUAAUGAUGAAGACAAAGUGUUUGAUGUUUUGUCGCUGAGAAAAAUGGUAAAGAUGGAAAGGCAUAGAGCAAAUUCUGCUUGUUCGGAACUUGAAAAGGAAAGAAUGGCAGCAGCUACAGCAGCUGAGGAAACAAUGGGGAUGAUAUUGCGGUUACAGAAUGACAAAAGUUUAGUUGAAAUGGAAGCAAAUUAAUAUAAAAGGUUGGCUGAGGAGAAGCAAUUAUAUGACCAAGAAGUGAUUCAAGGGGCGGGAGUGGGGGUAAAAGAAGAAAGA